AUGGCGACGCCCCCUCCAAUCGCUCGCCAGGCGUUAAAGUCCGAUGUAGAGGCUGAGCUAUUGCCCGUAGAAGUGGGCCAGACCAUCUGGGUGCCCGGCACCGACCGAGUAUGGGACAGGGGCACCGUUAUGGCCAUUGGCGGGCUCAAGGUGACGGUUCGUACCCAGGCCGGGAAGAUUCAGCAAGUCGAUCGCGGCCUUGCGCUGCCGCAGAAUCCGCGCGAAGCAGACGACAUGACGUCUCUGUACUACAUCCACGAGCCGGGCGUGCUGCACAACUUGGAAGAGCGUUGCAAGCUCGACGGGGAGCAAAAGCCCUACACGUUCAUGGCGAACGUGCUGAUUGCAGUGAAUCCGCUGCGGGAGCUGCGCAAUCCACGAAUCAGUGAAGUCGUGAAUACGGCGGGCAGUGCCCCGCAUCCGUACUCGAUCGCCGAAAUGGCGUACCAGCAGAUGGUCUACAACUCGGGCACGGACCAACCAACGAACCAGUCGGUUGUCAUUAGUGGAGAAAGUGGCGCCGGCAAGACCGAGUCGUCCAAGAUCGUUCUGCGGCACUUGACGACACGUGGUCUGUACGGCAAGAAGGCGCGAGGAGACGAGAUUGAGUCCAUGUCGAAGACGCGUCAACAACAUGGUACGUCACUGGACCAUCGUCUGAUUGAACAGAACCCUAUUCUUGAAGCCUUUGGAAAUGCCAAAACGCUGCGCAAUUACAACUCGUCGCGUUUCGGCAAGUUCAUGAAGCUGCAGUUCACGUCAGACGGCAACUUCAAGCUGGCCGGUGCUCUAGUUGAAACGUAUUUGCUCGAAAAGUCGCGUCUGGUGUACCAGGUGGAUGGCGAGCGCAACUUUCACAUAUUUUACCAGCUCUUGGCUGGAAUCUCAUCGACUGCGCGCCAGGAAUUCGAGCUCAUGGAGGCCAAAGAGUUCUGCUACCUCAAUCAGAGUGGAUGCUACGUUGCCGAGGAAACGGAUGACCGUGCUUGCUUCGAGGCUGUAGUGCGUGGUUUAAGUUGUGUUGGCAUCAACGACCAGGUUCAGCAUGUUAUCUUCUCGGUGGUUGCCGGUCUGCUUCACCUCGGUAACAUUGAGCUCGACCAAGAAGAUACGCCCGAAGGAGAAGCCGCUGUUAUCGAAAAGAAGUCCGCUAAACGUGCUAUCACCGUAGCUGCCAGACUGUUGGGUGUCAAGGAGCAAGACCUGUGGAAGGUGAUCAUGACGCGUGACAUUGUGACGCGCGAGGAGACGUAUACCGUCCGCCGCAACGAACAGGCUGCUGGAUAUGCUCGUGAUGCCAUUGCAAAGGCGCUUUAUAGUCGCAUGUUCGACUGGGUGAUCAAGCAGGUCAACUCGUCGUUGGGUCAUGACCCCAACCCGCUGCCGUACAUUGGUGUACUGGAUAUCUUUGGCUUCGAAUCAUUUCAACGCAACGACUUCGAGCAGCUACUGAUCAAUUACACGAACGAGGUGCUACAGGCGACUUUCAAUAAUCAAGUGUUCAUUGCCGAAAUGGAGCUGUACAAGCGCGAAGGUAUUACGGUGGGCAGGAUCAAGUGGCCCGACAAUAGAGAGUGCGUGGAGUUGAUUGCUGCAAAGCCGAACGGUAUCCUGACACUACUGGAUGCCGAAGCCAUGAACCCACAGCCUAGCGACACGAAGUUCUUGCGUGCGCUGCACUCGAAGCAUUCCAAACACCCGCACUUUCCGCGUCCACACCCGAAGGACAUGGAGCACAUGUUCAUUGUGAGGCACUUUGCUGGUGCUGUGAGCUACACGAUUGGGUCUUUUAUCGACAAGAAUAACGACUCCAUUCCCGCAGACAUGUCCAAUCUGUUCUCUGGCUCGUCAAGCGCACUGGUUCCUGCGUUUUUCCAGCAAGAACCCGAUACUAGUCGCCCAGGUAAGAGGAAAUUGACCAAGAGUGUGGCGGCCAAAUUUUCGAAUCAGAUGCAGGAGCUAGUGGAAACCUUGGAUGCUACGCGUUGUAACUUCAUCCGCUGCAUCAAGCCCAACGCACUUAUGCGUGUGGGCAUGUUCGAUCCCCGAUACGUUGUGGGUCAGCUUCGCUGUCAAGGUAUUAUGCAAACUGCCCAGGUGCUAAAGGUUGGCUUGCCUACUCGUGUAAGCUACAGCGAGUUGGUGGCAGCAUACAAGAAGUUCAUGCCGCCCGAUGCUCAAAGGCUCUUUGCGAACCAGAGUGACCCCACGCUCAUCACAGCCAUUUUAUGGGCUUUCCAGGUGCCGAUGGAUGCGUUCAAGCUGGGUAUAACAAAGUUGUUCUUCAAAGCCGGCAAAAUCGCUGUGUUGGACUCGAUCUUGAAAAUCAACUGGGCUACGGAAGGCCCGCACAUCGUGUCGCGCAUGAAGUUAUGGCUCGCGCGGCGCCGCUGGCGUGUGGGUCUCGCAAAGGUCGUCGCGCAAAACAGUUUCUCGAAGCUGUUGCGCCGUAUCCAGUUCCGCCGCAACUCGGUGGUGCGCAUUCAGCGUUGGUGGCGUGCCCUAUCGGUGCGUCGUGAUUUCAAAAAGAAGCGAUCGGCUGUGGUGGUGGUGCAGGCCAUGUUCCGCGGUAUGACUGCGCGGCGCUUGUUCAAGUCCAAGAAACAAGAAAUGCUUGCUUUGGCAGCUGCACGUGCUGCUGAGGCCAAACGCCAGGCGGAGGAAGCUAAGCGCCGGGAAGAAGAGGCUCGUAUCGCAGCCGAGCAAGCUCGUCGUGAAAGUAUCGCGCGCGCUGCGGCUGAAGACGAUCGCACUCGCAUGGAGGAAGAGGCUCGUAUGGCGGAAGAAAUAGCGGUCAGAUUCGCUAAAGAAGCAGCGGCUGCGGUGGCUGAAGCUGACGCUGCGGCGGCGGAGGCGACUGCUGCUGUGGAACACGAGCGGCAGGCGGAGUUGCGUGCUAUUGCAGAGGCUAAAGAGCUUGAGGAGCGCAUGAAGCGCGAGCGUGAAGAGGCUGAGCGCCGCAAGGAGCAGGCUCUGCUUGAGGCUGCGAGCGUCAGUGCAAGUCUGUUGAGUGGGCUUGCGCAGGUGAACAGUGUGCAAACAUCUGCUGGUCAAGUGCAUGUGGUGGAGAUUCCGGACAAUGUAUCACAGGAGAACCGCGAGCAGCUGCAGCAGUUGAAUGAUCUGCUGUUGAGUGGCGCUAUUGCUCAGUCCGAGUACGAUGAGUUGGUGCCGUUCUUACUGGAGAAACCCGAAGAAGCUCCGUCCGGUGCUGCCCUCACUGCCGAACAGGAGGAGUCGUUGAGCCGAUUGUAUUCUGCAAAUGUGUACGGCAUUCAAAUUCGCUGCCCGGCGUGCGGUGCCACGAACAACACGGCCAACGGUAACCACUGUGACGAGUGUGGAUCGCUUCUUACUACGAGCGACGAAGCGGCUGUGGCCGCCGCUGAGCCGGGCUACUAUGGGGGUGACUCUCGUCAGCAGAGAAGUAUGUCUACUUUAACAGCUCCCCUCGGCACGUUCACAACGGAGAAUGGCCACAUUAUGAUCCACGACGGAUACUUCGAGGCACAGAUGCACCGCACGCAAAUCCUUCAGGACGACAACUACACAGAGUACACGGUAUACGUGCUGCGUUGCCAGUGGCAGCCGAAGGAAUCGGGCGAGUCGACGACGUGGCUAGUGUCGCAUCGCUUCAGCGUGUUCGAGAAGCUACACAAGGAUCUGAAACGUAAGAUCCCGACUGCGGUGGCUAUGAUUCCGCUGUUCCCCCGUAAACACGUUCUGGGGGGCGUGUUCAAGGGGAAGACGGGAAAUUCGAGCGCGAUUGUUGAGGAACGCAAGCAGGGUCUGGAGCGAUAUGUGGCGCAAGUGCUGGAGGUAUGCGCUCGUCUUCCUGAAAAUCUGAACGUCCCGGAGCUGGACCGCUUCUUGAAUGUGUCGCGCCAGGUUGAGCAAUACCGCCGUCAGCUAACGACCGGUGGAGCUGAAGAGCCUGGUGCCGCACCAACUGGACAAGUCCGAGCGCUGAACGUGAAUGCUGGCGGUGCUGAAGGCAUGGCAGCGCGAGAGCAGGCACGUUUGCCUACUGAACUGCCCACACCGCUGGAUGAGGAAGAAUUGUGUCAUACCGAACAAGCGGUAGCGCUGUUGAACGCGUCCAUUCGAAGCGCACGUGGCGACUUGCGCCGCGACCUGCAAGUGCAGCAUCACCUCAAAGUGUGUGUGCAGCUCUUGCCGCGUCUGCAGAUCUCGGCGAAUUUGGACAACCCGUUUGCCAAUGUGGAUUUGAUUCCGCGCGCGAUGCAGUGCCAGGAAGAUCUAGAGACGACCAUGGGUCUGUACAACGACUCGUUGCUCGCUGUCACGGAAACGUAUGCGCUUUCAGCUCAAGAGAAUGGCGGGGCGCAGGCACCACCCCCGUACGUCCCAGGCCAGCAGAACUCGUACCACCCAAGCUACGGUGUCUAG